AUGGAGUCACCGUCAUCCGAAUUAGAUCGAAUUCAUGAAAAUGGUCUCUUUCGUGUAUAUCCACAACGAUUUUGGGUUUUAUUUGUUUUUUGUUUCUUAUCGUUCAAUCAAUGUAUGUUCUGGUUAACAUUUUCACCAAUUGCUAGUUCAACUGAAUCAUUUUAUCAUGUAAGUGAAGCAACUGUUGAUCUUUUACUUAAUUGGGGUCCAAUUAUAUUUUUACCAACACUUCCAUUAACAUAUUUAAUAUUAAAUACUCAUCAUGGUCUUCGUAAAUGUGUAUUAAUCUUUGCUAUUGUAUCAUUAAUAGCUACAGUUAUUCGUCUUAUUCCUUCUAUAGUAAUGUCAUCAACAGAUCCACAUUUUCAUGAUCUUGCUGUUCCAUUUCUUCAUAUUGGUCAAAUACUUAUUGCAGCUACAGGUCCAAUUGGUAUGGCACUUGUAUCUCAAUUGUCAUGUCUUUGGUUUGCUCCUCAUGAACGAACACGUGCUACGACAAUAAAUGUACUUAGUACAAGUUUUGGUGGAGCUGUUUCAUUUCUAAUAUCACCACAUUUAGUAUCUGAACCUUGGCGUGUUCCACAUCUUUUAUAUUUACAUGCAGGACAAGCUCUUCUUGCGUGUAUUUUUACUUUCGCUUAUUAUCCAGCUGAACCACCAUCGCCUCCAUCUGCUGCAGCUCAUAUACGUUCUGCAGAACGUUUCAGAAUCGAAUCAUUAACAGAAACAUUAAAAAGAUUUCUACAUGAUAUUCUACAUUGCUGUAAAGAUAUAUCCUGUGUUCUAUUAAUUUUAUCUGGUGCUCUUAUGGGUGGCACAUUAUCUGCUUGGGGUGGAUUAUUUGCAACUAUUCUUAAACCAUUAGGUUAUUCAGAAAACGAUGCUGGUUGGUUUGGUUUUGGUCAAUCAAUAGCUGGUAUUGUUGGUGGUUUAGCAAUGGGUUUUAUAGCUGAUUUACCUCGAUUUCAACGAUCUCUUAAAUCAUUAAUGCUUAUUUCUCUUACGUUUUCGUUUAUAUCCUGCUUACUAUUUCAACUCAGUAUUCGUACUAUGUUUUGGCCAGAUCAUCCACCGUUACCAUCAAGUGUUAUUUCUAUUGUUAUUAUUUUGUCAAUCAAUGGAUUUUUUAAUGGAGCUGGUUCACCACUUAUUUACGAAUGUCUUGCUGAAAUGAUGCAUCCAUUACCAGAAUCUUUAACUGCUUCCAUAUUUGUUCAACUUUUCAAUGUUGUCUCACUUAUUUUUCUUGCUAUCGCACCAAAUAGAGCUAUGUUAAUGAAUUUACUCGUACUUUUAAUGAUGACUAUUGGUAUUAUCAUGGUAGCUUGUGCUCGAGUUACUUACAAACGAAAAGAUGACGAACAAAAAAAAGAAAAAACUUUGCCUAUUUCAGAAUAA